AUGUGUUGUUCAAAUGGAACUGUUCGUAUUCCUAAUAUCGAUGAACCACCAGAACCAAUGAAAACUCUUUUGGAAAGUUCAACAAGUAUUUCAGAACACUUUUUAGAAAAUAUUAAUAAAUAUAACAAUGCAUUUCAUAUGACCUCAUUUGGAGCGGCAGAAACUAUUGUCGAAAAUUAUAUGCCUACAUUUAAAAUAAGAGGUCAAGUGUAUCAUUUAGCCGGGUCGUUGAUGCCUUUACCAAAUACAAAUCAUAAAUAUUUACAAGUUUAUUUUAUGGAUGACGAAGAGGAACAAAUUGAUGCGCGAAUGGGUAUUUGCAGUGGAUUGAAUAAAGAUAUUAUAAGAGAUUUGCAAUUAUUGUUACAUAAUAUCAAUCCUUUAAUUACGAAGUUCAAAACUGCAUUGGAUCAUAUGCCCACUGAUCAAUACCGAUUAGUCAUAAAUGCAAAUAUGGUUCCUCAAGGUCAACAUAGAGGUAGAUUUAAUGCACCAUCUCAAGUCUCACCAUCUCUUUUCUAUAAUAAAAAGAAUAAAAUUUACCACUCCAGUGGUUGA